UUACCAAGGACUCGCCUGCAAAUUGUUAAUGACAAACCAAACUGACUGUAGUUUCUAAAUGUUAACAUAUCAUAUAUUUUCGCGAACGCAUUUCAUGUAGGUAACACGAUUAUUUUAUUAUUAUGUGUUGACAAAUUGUUAGUGGGUGCCACGAUAAGAUAUUUACCGGUCGGUCAUCAAUUAAAUUUGGCUAAAAUCGUGUCAUAAAUACGCAAGAGAGUUGCAGUCUGAUUUGAAUUUUUGUCCAAUGAAGUUUUAGCCUACUAUUGAAAUGGCAUUUGUGAAAGUUUUUAGGAGAGCGGUGCAAAAGAUGGGCUCACUGAGCUUGUACCAAUACGCACGUAGAACAUCCAGGAGCCAUUUAGGGGGAUUUUUAUUGGGUACUGGAAUAUCUGCAUUUGCAACAGUCGUAAUUGCUCAUAUGGAACCCUAUAGAAGCAGGAAAUUGAAUACAUCAAAAUACAUGGCGGAACCAAUUACUGAUGUUACUUAUUUGAUGGAGUCUGAGGGGGAUAUGAGGACCAAAAUGGAGCUGCUUAUUAUGGAGAUUCAGGCGGAUUUUUGCAGAGCUCUUGAAGUUGAAGAAUACGCUGGUCACAAAUUUAAAGUAGAUAGAUGGUUACGCAAUGAGGGCGGCGGAGGUAUUACAUGUGUUUUGCAAGACGGCGAAGUUUUUGAGAAGGCCGGAGUAAACAUUUCUGUGGUAAAGGGUCAUUUGCCACCACAAGCAAUUCAGCAGAUGCGUUCACGAGGAAAAAAGUUGAGUGAAGGGAGUAAACUGCCAUUCUUUGCUGCUGGUGUUAGUGCCGUUAUUCAUCCUAGAAAUCCCAUGGUACCUACAAUACAUUUUAAUUACCGUUACUUUGAAGUCAUAGAUACGGAUGGAUCUAAGCAAUGGUGGUUUGGUGGUGGUACUGAUCUUACGCCAUAUUAUUUGGAUGAGAAAGACGCAAUUUCUUUCCAUAAGACACUGAAGGAUGCAUGCGACCAAAGCGACACGGGCUACUAUCCAAAGUUUAAAAAAUGGUGUGAUGAAUAUUUCAGGAUAACGCAUCGCAAUGAGUGUCGGGGCAUUGGUGGGAUAUUUUUUGACGACAUCGACACACCCAGCCAGGAAGAAGCUUACAAGUUUGUUUCAGAUUGUGCCCAUGCCGUCAUUCCUUCAUAUCUUCCAAUUGUAAGGCGCCAUAAAAAUGAUGAUUUUGGCGACAGAGAACGUCAGUGGCAAUUAUUACGUCGUGGGCGCUACGUAGAGUUUAACUUGAUAUACGACCGUGGUACUAAAUUUGGUCUGUACACUCCAGGUGCCCGAUACGAAAGUAUACUAAUGUCCCUGCCUCUGACUGCUCGUUGGGAAUAUAUGCACACUCCAUUGCCCAAUUCAAAGGAAACAAAACUAUUGGAAGUUCUAAAAAAUCCAAGGGAUUGGCUGUAAUUUCCACAAGCCCAAAUCUAAUUCCCUACAUUGAAAUUUUAUUAGUCAAUGAUAUCACCUAGAAGAUAAAGUGAAGAGCAAGUUUUUUGGAGCAUAAAAAAUACACGUUUGAAUGUAUUUAUAAAGUAAAUAAUAUCGAACGAAAUUAUAGGUGUGAGGGAUCCUCCUUUUUAUACUAAACUUUACAAAAGCUGGAUAUGGACAAAGUGACGUUUUUUAUAUGUUUAUCCGACAAAAAAGAAAUUGUUGCAAAUAAUUAAAAGAAAAAAAUAAUAAUUUUGUACUGAUGAAUAAAAAUUAACGUGUAAACUUU